GGAAACACUCCGAAAAAUCAGGGCCUCGGAAUCUCAUAAACCCUACUAGCCAGCGAGCGAUGGGGAAGCGGUGAGAAUAGAUCUCCUCGCGACGGAGGUAUUUUCUUGGUCGGGGCCGGAUUCGUGGUUCGUGGAGCUCGGCGGACAGGGAUCCGGCGGCGGCGGCGGGGACGAAGCGAAAGCUACCCGUUGGCUCCUACUGACCUGUGGAAGCAGGGCUUAUUGUGAGGCUGCCAGGGUGUUUGGUUGGGUCAAAGAAGAGCUCAGUCCCCUUAUUUUUGUCUUGUUCAUACUUCAUAGGAUGCUCCAUCCUGCCUGUUAUUGGAGAAAAUAAAACAGUGUCCCAGGAUCUGCAUUCUGGCCUCUUGGGUGUAAACUCUCUUCCCUGUUUGGUUCUGGGCUUGGGGCUAUGUCAGUCUCGGAGAGGGCGGCAAGAUCGUGCUCAACAUCUUCGCCGGAUUUGGAUCCUCUGUUGAAGGAUCUUACAGAGAAGAAGUUGAGCUUCAGAAGAAACGUUGCAUCUCUGGCGUCUGAGCUCAAGGAUGUCAGGAACAAGCUUGCUUCGCAGGAGCAGUUGUUUACUAGGGAAUCGCAAACUAGGAAGGUUGCAGAGACGAAGGCAAGGAGCAUGGAAGCGGAAGUGACUAAACUGCAGAAAUGCUUACUGGAUAAAGAUGAGCAACUGCGUGCAACGACGGGUAGCACUGAACAGUAUCUCCAUGAUUUGGAUGAACUUAGAUCACGUAUGUCAGUUACCCAAGCUACAGCAGAAGCUAGCGCUGCAUCAGCAAAGUCAGCUGAGUCACAGUGCUUGUUCUUGUUGAAGGAGUUGAAUGAGAAGGACCGCUCACUGAAAGAGCAUGAGCUUCGAGUUAAUAAGCUCGGGGAGCAGCUAGCCCUUCUCCAGAAGGACCUUGAGGCGAGAGAGUUUUCACAGAGGCAACUCAAGGACGAAGUCUUGAGGAUUGAGACCGACAUCAUGGAUGCAGUUUCCAAAGCUGGGUCUAAAAAAGAUAAUGAACUUCUGAAGAUUUUGUCUGAUGUUUCACCAAGGAAUGUUGAGAAUAUUAGCAAACAUUUAAAUGCUAAGGAUACAGAAAUUGCCAGAUUGAGAGAUGAAAUCAGGAUAUUAUCUGCUCACUGGACAAACAAAACAAAGGAGCUAGAGUCACAACUAGAGAAGCAGCGCAGAACCGAUCAGGAGCUGAAAAAGAGGGUUCUGAAGCUUGAAUUCUGCCUCCAAGAAUCACGGUCUCAGAUCCGGAAACUUCAGAGGGUGGGGGAGAAGAGGGACAAGCAACUUAAGGAGCUCAAGGAUCAGGUGGUCGCGAAACACCCAAAUGGCUCUCGCCAUGACUACAACAGCGACGACGGCAAGCACAACUUCUGGGAGAGCCAGGGAUUCAAGUUCGUCGCAUCCAUGUCAAUGCUUGCCCUAGUGAUACUCACAAAGCGUUGAGAAGAGCGUAAUCCUUUGUAGAGAAGUUAGGUUCCAGAUGUUAUUUGGUGAGCAGCUAGCUCGCUCUGUAGUUUAAAAUUAGGGUUAGACUGGGCAUACUACAUGGCCAGAUGUUCAGAGACCAGAAUUUGCCGACAUCCAAGUUUAGUCUAGGUCCGUAGGAGUGUAGUGCAGCUGCUAGUUCUUGUAAGAUAGUACAGUAGUAAUCCUGUGAUGUUAAUGAGAUUCUGCUUUGCUUA